GUCAUCAAGGGACCCGUCUACGCAACUUAAAACUAGACGCUUUGAUAACUGGCCCUAGGUCUAGGGUUCGGCCGACCUAGUUCACCACAGCAGAGGUUACAUCACAAAAGUCGGCCCUUGACAGUGAGGUAACUGAGGGAGAGAGAGUGAGAGACUCAUGCGAUCUGCAUACUGUGACAUUGGCAUGACACAUUUCAUGUCCGUGUUGUUCUAUCCGUGAUAUCCACACAGUGACUCGACGAAAUAAUCUAGCUAACGUUAUUUGCUAGCUAGCGAGCUAACGAAGUGCUGGUGGAAAUCCUGCCAUAUACUUAUUUGGUCCUAUCUCGGACAAACCAACCCUGACAGAAAUAUGUCCUGCUGCACAUGCACGUCUGCUGCGAGGGUACUUCUUAAUACAGCACAGAAAGCAGGAUUCUCCAGUCCACGGGUUCAGCUGUUUGCCUUAUGCAGACCAGUAUCUCGUGACACCCACCUACCUCCAUCAGUGCGUGUCAGGUCAUUCUCAGAAACAGUUGUGUGUUUCGCCUCAAAAGAUGGGACCACUAAGGAAGGCUCAGGUGAUGGAGGAAAGAAAAGUAUGACUGAAGGAGGAAAGAGGCUGUCAGGCUCUGGUGGUACUGGAAAGGGAGGCGGUCAGCUCCGAUGCCCUAAGUGUGGAGAUCCCUGCACUCACGUGGAGACCUUCGUCUCUUCAACACGGUUUGUGAAAUGUGAAAAAUGUCACCACUUUUUCGUGGUGCUGUCAGAGACUGACUCCAAGAAAGGUCUGAAUAAGGAGGCUGAAUCUGCUGCUGAAGCAGUCAAACUGGCCUUUGCACAGAAGCCACCUCCUCCCCCUAAGAAGAUCUAUGCCUACCUCGAUAAGUAUGUUGUUGGCCAGUCCUAUGCCAAGAAGGUGUUGGCAGUAGCUGUGUAUAACCAUUACAAGAGAAUCUACAACAACAUCCCUGCAGGAGGCCGACAGCAGGUCGAGGUGGAGAAGCAGAACUCCCUCACUCCACGGGAACUAGAGAUCAGAAGACGGGAGGAUGAAUACAGAUUUACAAAGCUGCUUCAGAUUGCGGGCAUCAGUCCCCAUGGCAAUGCUCUGGGUGCGUCCGUGCAGCAGCAGGCCACUCAGCAGAGCCCGCAGGAGAAAAGGGGCGGGGAGGUGCUAGACUCCACCCAGAGUGACAUCAGACUGGAGAAGAGCAACAUUGUGCUGCUGGGACCAACUGGGUCAGGUAAAACUCUUUUGGCGCAGACCUUGGCCAAAUGCCUGGAUGUACCCUUUGCCAUCUGUGACUGUACCACCCUGACUCAGGCAGGCUAUGUUGGGGAAGACAUUGAGUCAGUCAUAGCCAAGCUACUGCAGGAUGCCAACUACUCGGUAGAUAAAGCCCAGCAAGGCAUAGUGUUCUUGGAUGAGGUGGACAAAAUUGGCAGUGUUCCUGGAAUCCAUCAGCUGAGAGAUGUGGGGGGAGAAGGAGUUCAACAGGGUUUGUUAAAACUGCUGGAGGGCACAAUUGUGAAUGUCCCUGAGAAGAACUCUAGGAAGUUACGGGGAGAGACCGUGCAAGUGGACACCACCAACAUUCUGUUUGUGGCAUCAGGGGCCUUCAACGGCCUGGACAGGAUCAUCAGCAGAAGGAAGAAUGAGAAGUACCUGGGAUUUGGAACACCGUCUAACCUGGGGAAAGGGCGGCGGGCGGCGGCCCAGGCGGACCUGGCCAACACCACGGGCGGGGAGGUGGACGCGGUGGCCGAGAUGGAGGAGAAGGACCGCCUGCUACGGAUCGUGGAGGCCCGGGACCUAAUCGAGUUUGGGAUGAUCCCUGAGUUUGUGGGCCGCCUGCCUGUGGUGGUGCCCCUGCACAGCCUGGAUGAGGAGACGCUGGUUCGCAUUCUCACGGAGCCCCGCAAUGCCGUGGUGCCCCAGUACCAGGCCCUGUUCAGCAUGGACAAGUGUGACCUGAAUGUAUCUACAGGCGCCCUAAGGGCCAUAGCCCGACUUGCUCUGGAAAGGAAGACUGGAGCCCGAGGGUUGAGGUCGAUCAUGGAAAAACUUCUACUGGAACCCAUGUUUGAGGUGCCCCAUUCUGACAUAGUUGCUGUAGAGCUGAACCAAGAAGUUGUUCAAGGAAAGAUGGAUCCUCUGUAUAUCAGAGCGCCGGCCAAGGACAGCGCCGAGGAGGAGUACGACUCUGGAGUCGAGGAGGAGAACUGGCCGCGGCAGGCAGACGCUGCCAAAAACUGAUUGUCCACCCGUCGGUGAUUUCACAAAUUGUCAAAUUAAACAAUGAGUUGUAGUACACGGUCAUGGAGCUGAGAUCUGGAUCCACUCCUGAUCUGCUCUUGCUGAUCCUUGCAGGUAGACUGAGGAAGAUGUUAGCUAAUGCAAGGGACCUUCUCUUUGAGUAAUCACGAACAACCCUCCCCAUCUUCUUUGGUUCUACGUAUCGGAUUAUUGGACUCAUUAGGAAAAGGAUGCAUAUUGACUAUAUUCUGUUCAAUCUCUGGGGAUUGUUAACAUUUUUAUCUGUGUAAAGAUAAUUUUCGUUGUGGGUAUUUGCUCCUUUCCUCAAGUGUGUCACGACAACAGUAAGGGAAAGAAUUGCCCUGAAUGGGAUCAUAUGAUACAUUUGAAGGCAUAGGGUAGGAAAGGAAUGUUUGAAUUUUAGUCUUUUCAUGUUAGAUAGUACAUACUACUACCAUGCCCCUUUUUACUGGGGCAUACUAUUCCAGAAACACAUCAUAACUGUGAUGUUAUUUUCCCCACCAUUUUAAAAAUGGUACAUGGAAUCUAAAGCUAUUCUGCUCAGUAGAGUUGCUAAUGUCCAGGCUGUCUUUAUACUAAAAGAACAUAUCACACCAAAACCAGCACGGAUAGAAAUAAUGACUUGUUUUUGAAAUGGCUAAGAAAUUAUCUUUUCCUUUUGAAAUGUCUCCUCUGGAGUCUCUGUCCCAACGGCAGUAGUCCUCUACAGGCUGAGGAAUGGCUGGUGGUGUGAGCUCCUAGGCUGUGAUGGCUCUCCUCACCAUUAACUCACACUGUCUCACAUUGUUAAAAGUGUCAUCCAAAAAGAACCACAUUACCAUUUCUGUGAUUUUAAAGUGCAGUACAUUAUGAGAUUCAUUUUAUUUUCUUUUUUGAUUCAUUUAGUUGUUUAGGAUCCUGCUGCUCUUUUUCUCUCCCUCAGAGGUCAACACAACAACCUAUAUGCCCUUAAGUUUGGAAAAGCAAAGAAUUUAUAAUAGAUCUGAUUGUUUAAAUACGUAAAUAAAAUGUAUAUCUGUAA